UUUGUCAUAACCAUAACUCGAAUAGUGCGAAACUAUGUGCGAGAAAAGUGCGGCAAAUGUGAAUCGUGAAAAAGCGAAAGAUGGAAACUCAAACAGCACAGCUUUCGGCUCCUCCGGCUCUCACGAUGAUGCUCCUGCGGACUUCGACAAGGCAAUUGUUGCCUCUGGCUUCGGACGUUUCAAUCUCAUUCUGCUGCUCGUCACCGUACCUGCCACUUGUGCCAAUGUGUUUGAGUCGACCACGAUGUCAUACAUUUUGCCCAUAGCUGAGUGUGAUCUGCACUUAACACUGACGGAUAAAGGAGUGCUCAAUGCUUGUGCAUAUGCUGGCAUGAUCAUCUCGGCAAUUCCUUGGGGAUAUCUGGCCGAUACAAAGGGACGUCGCAAGGUGCUCGUCUAUGGCUAUAUACUUACUUGCAUUUGUGUCUUGGGCAGCGCGCUGAGUCAGAAUUUUAUCAUGCUGGUGACAUUCAAGAUCUUCGGCGGACUUAUGGUGAAUGGCCCAUCGGCUGUGCUGUUCACAUAUCUGACUGAGAUGCAUGGUCCCAAGUACAGACCCAGUGUGCUCAUGGUGGUUGGCAUGCUAACUUCAACAUCUACGCUGCUGCUGCCUAUGUUGGCUUGGGACAUCUUCUCCAGACCCUGGGACUUUCUGCUCUUUGGAAGUCUCGAUGUUCACAGCUGGCAGAUCUUUUUGUUUGUCUGCGCGUUGCCUAGUUUGAUUAGUGGAUUGGUGAUCUACUUCAUGCCCGAGAGUCCUCGUUUCCUGAUGAGCCAGUGUCGCAAUAAGGAGGCCUUGGAGAUUCUGAAAAUGAUCUAUCACGUUAACACGGGCAAGCCAAAGGACACCUAUCCAAUAAAAUCUCUCAUUCUUGAAGUGCCCAGUCGUGAUGCACAAAAGGAUGAAGCGAUCUACACUAUUGAGCAUAAGUCAGAGGAUAACGCGGAGCCUGCCAAGCGUCAGUCUCGCACUCUCAUGGAAAGUCUUCACGCUGGCAUGCAACAGAUGAAGCCCAUGUUUCAUAAGCCACUCUUGGGUCUCGCCCUUCAUUGCUAUACGAUGCAGUUCUGCAUCCUUCUGGGCAUGAAUACCAUACGCCUCUGGUUGCCACAGCUGUUCGCCUCGAUAGCCGAGUAUGAGGCUGAGCAUGCGAACGAAGAUUACUCAGCAAGGAUGUGCACGAUUCUCGAGUACAGUGUGAAUAAAACAGCUGAGACUUUGACAAAUCAUGAGAACGCUUGCGCUGUGCCAAAAACCAUCUUAAUGGAUAUGUACAUCAACAAUAUAAUUGUGUCGUUUUGUGGACUUGUGGGUUAUUCCUUUGCCGGAGCCGUAAUCCGUUUAAUUGGUGCCAAACGCUUGUUGACUUAUGGUCUGCUGGUAUCUGGCGUACUUGGCAUUGCGCUCUACUGGUCCAUUAACAGUCUGACGACAAUAAUCAUCUCCUCCGUUUUUGUUACUGUCUCUGACGUCGCGAUUUCAUCUCUUAUCGGCUCUGUCGUCGCCCUCUUUCCCAUCCAAUUCCGGUAAGGUUCCAUCAAGUAAGUGACAAGUUUCAAAGUCUGACAACAUUUUGCUCUUUGCAGAUCGCUGGUGGUGGCCAUUGCCAUGAUGUUUGGACGUCUAGGAGCGCUCUCAGGGAAUCUACUCUUCCCCGUGUUCGUACAGAUCGGUUGUAUGCCGCCCUUUGUGAUGGUCGCUUCAGUUAUGCUGCGUAGGUUUUUCGAUUUUCAAUUAUUAAUAAGUGUUUAUUUCAUUUUCUGUUCUUUUCUAUUUUCAGUCGCUGCCGUUCUUUCGUACUUUAUGCCCAAUCCCAAAAGGGCGGCAUUUACGUAAAAAAUCUUUUGUUUAUCUUUAGAGAAAUAUUACUAUUGCGAAUUAAGUUGUAUAAAUAUUUGUUGAAAAACCUUUUAUUGAUAGU